AUGGAUGUCUGGGGUCAAAUACGGCACGUAACCUGGAGGCGGGACUUAAAUGCGGGCGAAGAGUUGCUCCAGUUGCUGCGGAACCCUUUUAAACAGACGCUUACAGACGGUGCCAUAUGGUCUGCCUUGGGCACAUCGGUAGGAUUUACUGCCUUCAUAGCUAUCGCUUUCUCCUUUCUGCGACCAUAUAAUUCCGUCGUCUACGCACCGAAACUCAAACAUGCCGACGAAGAACAUGCGCCGCCUCCAAUCGGCAAAGGGUAUCUGGCAUGGCUCCCGCCCUUAUGGAAGACGACCGAGAAAGAUAUGAUCAACCACGCUGGCAUGGACGCUGCCAUAUUUAUUAGGUUCACUAUUAUGUGCCGUAACAUUUUCCUCGUACUUGGCGUUGUUGGAUGUGCUAUCCUCUUACCGGUAUACUACACGCUUAACAGCGACAAGACAGGCAACCAGAAGUGGUUCAUGAGACUCACGCCGUCUAAUGUCAGCGACCAGCCUAUCUGGGCAUUGGUAGUGACGGCCUACCUAUUCAACUGCAUCAUCAUCGGAUUUCUCUGGUGGAACUAUAGGCAAGUUCUACAGCUUAGGCGGUUGUAUUUUCAAACCAAGGAAUACCAGCAAAGUUUAUCUGCACGGACCUUGAUGUUGAACGACAUCCCAAAGAAGUAUGCGAAUGAUGAAGGCAUCGCGAGAAUCAUCGAUGAUGUAAUCCCCCACGCCUCGUUUGCUAGGACUGCUGCGGCUCGCAAUGUUAGGGACUUGCCCAGUUUAAUCCAACAGCACGACCAUACCGUUCGGAAGCUUGAGAAGGUACUGGCUAUAUAUCUCAAGGAUCCUCAAAACCUGCCAGCUGGCCGACCAAUGUGCAGACCUUCCAAGAAGGACCCCUCGUUCAGCACUUAUCCUAAGGGGCAGAAGGUCGACGCCAUCGAAUAUCUAACUCAACGGAUUAGAGAACUUGAAGUUGAAGUCAAAGAGGCGCGAGCGAACAUAGACAAGCGCAGUACCUUGUCGUACGGCUUUGCUAGUUAUGACGACAUCGCUGAAGCUCACAGUAUCGCAUACGCCCUGCGUAAGAAGAAACCCCAAGGGGCUACGAUCGUAUUGGCGCCGAAACCAAACGACAUUAUUUGGGAUAAUAUGCCUCUCACACCGGCGAACCGAAGCUGGAGAAGGAUUAUUAUCAACCUUUGGAUUGUGAUGCUAACAUUAGUCUGGAUUGCGCCCAGUGCGAUGAUUGCUAUUUUCUUGGUCAACUUGAGUAAUCUCGGAUUAGUCUGGCCGGCCUUCCAAGCCCAAUUGUCCGCAAAUACUGGCUUCUGGUCCAUCGUGCAGGGUGUGGCGUCUCCGGCCGUACUGUCUCUUGUCUAUCUGGUACUCCCUAUCAUCUUCCGCCGGCUUUCUAUAAGAGCUGGUGACCGCACGAAGACGGGACGCGAGCGCCACGUCGUCGGCAAGCUAUAUGCUUUCUUCGUCUUCAACAAUCUUAUCGUCUUCUGUCUCUUCAGCACCAUCUGGAAUUUGGUUUCUUCCGUUGCCAACGAUCCCCAGAAAGCUUGGGACACGCUGUCGGAUUUUGGCGUGACCUUAUUCGUCUCGCUAUGCGACAUCUCCUCGUUUUGGGUCACUUGGUUGCUGCAGAGAAACUUGGGUGCCGCCGUCGACUUGGCCCAAUUAUGGACUCUCAUCUACAGCUUCUUCAUGCGCAAAUUUUCGAGCCCUACGCCUAGAGAGAUGAUCGAACUUACGGCACCCCCAUCCUUUGAUUAUGCCAGCUACUAUAAUUACUUCUUGUUUUACUCUACCGUAGCCUUGUGCUUUGCUGGUCUUCAGCCCCUCGUUCUCCCGGCCGCUGCGUUGUACUUUUCCAUCGAUGUGUGGCUAAAGAAAUACCUGCUACUAUACAUCUUUGUCACGAAGACGGAGUCCGGUGGGAUGUUUUGGCGGGUACUGGUCAACCGGUUCAUUUUCGGCACUAUCCUCUCCAACUUGGUGGUCUUUUUGACAGCUUGGGUGCAUGGUGAUGGUAUCCACACGAUGGCCUUCGCAUCCGUACCUUUGCCGUUUAUCAUGGUUUUCUUCAAGAUCUACUGCUCCCGAACCUUUGAUGCCAAAAUCCACUUCUUUUCGACUAGGAACAUCCAGAAGCAUCCGGAGGGGGCAAUGUCUAAGGAUCCGUUGCGAUCAGUUGGUCUUGCUACUCGGUUCGGCCACCCGGCUCUUUACAAGCCCCUGAUCACGCCGAUGGUGCACGCGAAGGCCCAGAAUAUUCUGGCUUCUAUAUACAAGGGACGCCUGUCGGAUGGUCGGGACGCCUAUUCGGGAGAUACGAUGUCCACGUCUGGCUACUCCGACGCCUAUAUCAUGAACCCGAUGCACGCCGGCAAGCCUGGAAAGGCGGCACACCUGCCAGGAUUCGAAAUAGUCCCGGAGUCGAGGCUUGAUUUCGAGUAUUACAAGACACGCGCCGAAUUCGCAUCCGAACAUGGCGGCGGCGAUAUUUUCGGUCGCUCCAAUGAUAUCAUGCGCCCCGGCACUCCUGGUAGUAGUGCGUGGAAUGGCAGCGAACCGAAUUCUAGGUCCGGGAGUCCUACAAUUCCGAAUAUUCCUAGGAUGGACAGCCCGGGUAGAGUGCUGUCACCUAGCGCGGAUAUAGGCAUGACAUACCCGAGUGGCUACAACCAACCGUUAGGUAGUCCCUAUGUCGUCGAGACAGGACCCGGUCGUUCGCGUAGCCCAUUAUACUCGCAAGGGAAUGAUAGUGCAUCUAACUUGGUGGGAAAUGCAGCAGCGAUGCCCGUCGCCGCGCCUAUAAGAGAGCGCAGCGUAGAGCGUCCAGGCAGAGCGCCAGGAGGGGUAGGAAUGUUGGGAGGUGGCCCACGGGGAUACGGCGGUCUACCUCAAGAAGAAGACUUCGGCCCCGAGCAGCACGAUCCCAUGCAAUAUAACUACUUCCGAGAGGCACGGGCUCCGCGCAAAUUUUAG